UCUUGCUACAGAUGCAGAUGUUUUAAUAGUUCUCUUUAUGUGACUGUCCACCAUUUUGUUGAUUUUCUUUUUUUAAUGGCAAACAACUUUGUGUUCCUAGGACUAUUAUUUUUUGUGAAACAUUAUGAGGGCAUCUUUUGAGCUAUAAUGCAUUCACAACGAACUCUUAUAAUUCCUUAUUGUUUGAGCCUAUCAUUACCACAUGAUGUUGCACUUGGAAUCAUGAGUUCUCAGCAGAAUGCCUGAAGCAUUUGGCCCUUUGUUAUUAAACACUAUCACAGUCACAACAUUAUUCGACUUGAGAGGCUUUUGUUGUUUUUGAGUCUGCAAAAAAGCCCCUGAUGCUUAAAAAAACAUUCUCAGAUUUUCUUUUUGGAUAAGUAUAAAGAUGCCAAACUUUAGCUUUUUUAUGUACUUGAACUAUGCAUAUACAUCAUUAAACGGCUACUACCAUUUUAUUGUUGACUGUUGUGAUGUUAAUAUCACUUGUUAUUACUCCCCAUAUUCUUUACUGUAUUUCCCUUUUUGGUUCAGGUAUUUAAAUGACAAUGAAAGGCUGUCCAACUGGACAUGUAUAUUAUUAACAAGCAGUCUUGCCGUAUGUAUUAUGUGCAAUAUUGUAAUUGCAGAAGACACUUUGGAGGCAAUAUUUUGUAUUACAACUGUGCUCUGUCAUGCAGAUAAAUUUGCCCACAUUUUAAAUAUGUCAUAAUUAUCAAAAUCUAAAAGCUAUGCUAGAGCUGUUGGAGCAUUGGGAUUUUGGGGGAAAAACUUGAGAGCCAAUUACUUUUACUCUUUGAUUUUACAUUUUAAACUGUGCUUUUAGUGUACUAUUUCAUUCUGGCAGCUGGCCUUGGUGCAUAUGAAUAAGACUUUAUUGAAUACUGAUAUUUUAAAAAUUAAGUUUGUCGUUGAUGAGAUAAAUUUUAAAAAAUAUCAGCAGCAUUCACACAGAUACAAUUCCUGCUCUUUUUCCCACCUUUCAACCUAAAUGAUGAUUUCCCAAGUUCCAAACUGCACUGAUUGUCACUAAUUUUGGCGGCGUGCGACUGAUUCAAUCUCGACGUGAUUAUUAGAUAAAUUUGCACAUUUAAAAAAAAAAAAAAAGUAAAUGUGAGAGGUUGGGGGAAGGAAACGGUCUCGUGUUUUUGUGGACGAUGAUUGGUUGGAGGCACUGAGACUGGGAGGGGCCUCAGUGCUGCUGUUUCUGUAGACAGAGGCAGAAGGAGGGAGACAGAGUGUGAGAGAGACGGCAGAGCAGGACAAAUGAACACAGAGGGGUUCUCCCAGCAUCGGUAUGCCUGCCUUUAACAUUUCAACUCCAGACGAAGUUGCUGCUCUAAAGGCGGGAAAUAAACCUGCGGGUGUGUUUUACUCCACCUUUGUGAGGACUGGUUUUUGACUCCUGUAACACUACACUCUGCUGACUUUGUACCAGCGUACAGUAUUCUGCUGGGAUCUUACAGUGAAGGACCAAAGAGAAGCUGACACUCAAAUAAGUGCAGAGGGAAGCCUGGUGAAAGAAGAGGAGAAGAAGAAACAGAAAAUUGGGGAAAGUGGUUUGAAGGACAGAUUAUGCUUAAUCAUCCCCACAAUAUGCAGUUCUUUAAACAAUGACUUUUCUCCGGAGGCUUUAUCAGUGACCCGAUGGACUACAAAUUGAUAGGAGCUGCAGUCUGAGAUUUCUGGAUUUGCAUCUGACAUUGAGGACAUCAAUAUAUUCAUAAGAGUCACAUUCCUGGCAGUUUUCUUCCUCUGUGCCUUUACCUGGGAACCUCCAGACAAAGGUUUUUACCUUACUAGUACUGUAACCGUGCCAGCUCUGAGGACAACACCAGGGAACUUUCUGACACCUUUAUCUGCCCUUCCAAUCCUUCCUGUGUUUGAAAUGGAGCAUGGGGGUCUUUGUUUGGACUGAAACCAAACUGCUGAUAAAAACAGCCGGGCUACCAGGCGUAAUAGUGGCUUUUUGGAUUUAUCGUACCCUUUAAGGGCCCCCUCCCCUUAUGUGUUUUACUGCCUGAGAUCAUGAAUUCCUCCCUGGAUUCCCUGAACCAAAGCUCGCUGGACUCAAAUUUAUCCACUCCCUUCUGCUUACUUGAAAUUGGCUAUUCCCAAAUUUUUAGCACAUGCCUCCUUGAGGUAUCCAUCAUCCUCCUCCUCACUAUCCUGAUUAUCUGUGGGAACUUGGUGGUGAUAUUCGUGUUUCACUGUGCCCCUCUGCUCAGCCAGCACACCACCAGUGCUUUUAUUCAGACUAUGGCAUAUGCAGACCUGCUAGUGGGGGUCAGCUGCCUCUUCCCCUCCUUGUCUCUGCUUCACCAUCUGCAGGGAUUGGAUCCCAAACUGACCUGCCAGGUGUUUGGAUACAUGGUUUCAGUUUUGAAGUCCGUUUCAAUGGUGUCCCUCGCGUGCGUGAGCGUAGACCGCUACAUCGCCAUCACACGGCCUCUGACUUAUUCGUCUCUGGUCACUCCCUGUCGGGUGCGCUGCUGCAUCGCUCUGAUAUGGUUCUACUCUGCUUUGGUGUUCCUCCCAUCUUUUCUUGGGUGGGGGAAGCCUGGCUAUCACGGAGACGUGGUCGAGUGGUGUGCGGUCGAGUGGAGGACUAGUCCGGCUUUCACAACCUUCAUCGUCGCUCUGCUCUAUGCCCCAGCUGCUCUCACAAUCUGCUUUACAUACGCCAACAUCUUUAAGAUCUGCAGACAGCACACGCGGGAGAUCAGUGAGCGCCACGCUCGCUACAGACCACAGCAGCAGCAGGGUCCCGGACUGACUGCUGGAGCAGUCUUGAAAGAUUGCACCACAGUAGAGCAAGAGCAGCUUCCCCAGUUGUCCCAAUCGCAGAAGACCCAGCACCACCAGCCUCAGUAUCAGCAGUCUACUUACCCCGACAAGCGAUACGCUAUGGUAUUGUUUCGCAUAACGAGUGUGUUCUACAUCCUCUGGUUGCCCUACAUCCUGUACUUCCUGUUGGAGAGCGGAGGAAUAUACCACCACCCUGCAGCCUCGUUUCUUACCACAUGGUUGGCUAUCAGCAACAGCUUCUGCAACUGUCUCAUUUACAGCCUUUCCAACUCGGCAUUUAGAAAGGGCCUGAAACGCCUCUGCUCCUUCUGCCUGCGGCGCGGCGGCGAUGGCUUCGGAGUCGGGAAAACCAAAAAGGCAUUUGUUGGCUCGGUCGAAAAGGGAUGCACAAAGCAGUGGUAUGGAUAUGACAAUGGAGACAUGAGAGUUGGCACAACGUGUCACGUGUAGUUCAAAUGGGGAGGAAAACACAGAUGCUAAAAUGUCAUUGGAGCUGAAAUGAAGCUUCAGCUCUUCAAAUCUUUUAAAAUCUGCUUUUAAGAGAUGCAAGAAGGUAUCGUUCUGAUCGUGUUUUUUCUGACUCUGCCUUGACAAGCCAGCAAAGGUAGAGAAUAAGAAUGAAAAGCAUUGUAAUUUGAAACAGAAAAAAAGAGUCCACAUUAGCCCUUCAAGGUGUUUCGUUUGAUGACGUGAACACAAGUUCAUAUGGACAGGAGGCUGACAGAUGAAGGGUUCUGGUAUGACCAAGAAGAAGGUCUCUAUGUCCUCUCAGUGGGAGUAAAUUCUUUAAACGUUGGACAUAAUGUUUAUCUGCUGAUGCUGUUUUUGGAACUGAAUACUUGAUUUCGUCCAAACAACCAAAUGAUGCUAGAAGCAGAAAGUUCUCAUGAAAAGUUUUACGAGCUUUGUUUGGAGCAACGUGAACACAAUUUGUCGCGUUUCACUUAAAAACGGUGGGG